UCUUGCCCGACGAUAAUUACCUCAACACUCGCCCUGGCUCACCGCCGGCCUGGCCGCCUUCGCCCCCGGCUUCUCCUCAAGCUUCCAUCUGUUGCGUCUGUUUUUUUCGGUAGAUUCGACGGACUGCUGCUUCAGCAUCGGUCCAGAGACGGAGGAGCUGUGGGGCAGAUACGGUACGAGAAUCCCCUGGGAAGCAACGAUUCGGCAGGGAAAGUGUACCGACGGAAGUUGGUGCUGUUAUUGGCACUACAUGAUGACAGAGGCAGGACCAAAGCCAUGCGAUUAGUUUCUUGUUUGCCAGGUAUUGGCUCUCUCUCUAGUGACAGAGGCAGGGCCAAGGCCAUGCGAUUAGUUUCUGCUUUUGGAGGGAUUGGAUCUCUGUCUAUGGACACAAAGGAUAACAAACUAACGGUAUCUGGCGAAUUCGACCCGGUCAAGGUGGUGAGCAAACUGAGGAAAUCUUGGCGCACAGAAAUCGUGAGCGUGGGCAAAGAAGAUGAGGGCAAGAAAGACGAGGGCAAGAAGAACGAAGAUCUUGCGAACGCCCUGCAAACGUACUAUUCUACGCCGAUCACAUAUUACUGUGCCCCACGAAGAGCCCUCGAGUUGUGUCAUAUGUUAAAAUUCUUUGUGCUCCCAGACCGAAUCAGGACUUGGUUUGUGCACCGGGGAGGAUUGAAUAAGAAAGGUUGAUCACGCCCUGUGAACACAAGAACGAGGAGUACUUUUUCGAGAAUAUUAAGCUUUUAUUGCGUCGUUCGGUACUUGUAUGUGCGUAGUGUGUAUAUGUAGAGAGAUUGGUUUUUAGUUGAGGAGCUCAAGGUAUGGAAGAUCCAUUAUGUAUUCCAUUUCGGUAAACGAUUGUUUUCAGUGACUAUGGAAUGUGCGGUGGAUGUUUCACAUGGCUAAAAUAUUCCAUCGCUGCCAGCAAUUCUCACUGA